AUGCCUUUAAAUAACGUUAAGAGACCAGACUUAUGUGUCAAAACACAAUAUAUUGCACCACCAAAGGGAUUAUAUUCUACAUUACCCAGUGUAAGCGGGCUAGUUAACCAAUCUAUGCCAAUGAUUGCUAUGUUCUUAAGAAAUAAAUUUAUUGCUUGGUUUGCAUUAAUUCAAUGUAUACAUUAUUAUUUGAAUACUGAUGAGGAAGAAGUUGAGAAGAACAAGACCAAAGAAAAUGCUUCUCCAUUGGAUCAAAGUCCAUUGAUUAAAGUUUUGAUGAGUACUGUUGGUUUAAUUACUUGUUAUUUGAAUUUAGCAUUCCCUCAAGCUGAUUUACCACCACCAAAGAAACCUGUCAACGUAGAGACUGUUGUACAAGAGACUGAAGUACCAAUUACAACUAAAUAG